CGCUGCUGCCGCCCUGGCAACAAGCUACCGACAACAUCCAUGGCAACCAGCUGCAAAGAUCAAUAACACCCGCAGUGUGUUCAUCGGCGUCAGCUGGCCUAGUUCCGGGUAGACGGAGGACACAUUUAAGGCUGUCUCUCUGUCUUUCUCAUCUAAAAUGGACCCUUUACAAGCAGGAGACCCGCGGUAUUUGAAAAGGAGAGUGAAGGGCUGCAGCGUAGACGUCCACCCCACUGAGCGGGCUCUGGUGGUCCAGUACGAGGUGGAGGCCACCAUCCUGGGGGAGCUGGGGACCCCCAUGGUCGGAGAACGCAAGGAGUGUCAGAAAAUUAUUCGCCUGAAAAGCCUGAACGCCCACACGGACACGUCGUCUUUGGCCCGGAAGGUCGUGGAGGAGUGCCGGCUGAUCCACCCGUCCAAGCUCCUCCAGGUGGAGCAGCUGCUCUUCUAUCUGCAAAACCGCAAACAUUCAAAUGACAACCAAGAGAAGAAACGCAUCUCGGCUCGAGACUUCACACCGUACGCUGGGAUGGAGCUGGACGAGGAGGCGAGCAUCAACAGCAUCAGUGAGUACAUGGAGCUGCUGUAUGAGGACAUCCAGGAGAAGAUCAGAGGAGCCACGCUGAUCCUCCAACUGGCUCGCAACCCCGACAACCUGGAGGAGCUCACACAGAACGAGACGGCUCUCGGAGCCCUGUCCAGAGUUUUGAGAGAGGACUGGAAGCAGAGCGUCGACCUGGCAACGACCAUCAUCCAUGUCUUCUUCUGCUUCUCCAGCUUCUCCCAGUUCCACGGCCUGGUCUCUCAUUUUAAGAUCGGGGCCCUGUGCAUGAAUAUCAUCGAGCACGAGCUGAAGAGGUACGACCUCUGGCAAGACGAACUGCAGAAGAAAAAGAAGGCCUCUGAAGAAUGCUCCGAGAACCUAAAUCUGAAGAAAGAACAUGAGAAGUCUUUCAGGAAGUACCAGAGCCUUCUGACCAAGCAGGAGCAGCUCCUCAGAGGUAAGAGUUGCUAGUCCACACAG